AUGGGAAUUUGCCAUUCGGAAGAAGAAAAAGUCAACAUUCAGAAAAGUAAAGACAUCGAUAAACAAAUUAAACAAGGACAAAUCGCGAAUGAAAGGACCGUGAAAUUGCUGUUAUUGGGAGCCGGAGAAUGUGGAAAGAGUACGGUACUGAAACAGAUGAGAAUACUCCACAAUAAUGGUUUCACCGAAGAGGAAUUGGAACAACAGAAAAUCGUCGUUUACAACAAUACAGUGAACGCGAUGGGAUCACUGUUGAAAGCAAUGCAAAACUAUCAAAGACCAUUCUCGAAUAAAGAAAGAGAGAAAGAUGCUCGCGUUGUGCUCGAGGUGAUUAAAUCGGGACGAGAAAGUGAGCCAUUCACGUCGGAUGUGGCUGUUGCAUUGAGGAACUUGUGGGGUGAUGAAAAUGUGAAGAACGCGUAUGAAGAGAAACGACUUGAAUAUCAUUUACAUGAGAGCAGCAAAUUUUUCUUCGAUAGUAUUGAUCGGAUAUCGAAUCCCUCAUACAGACCGACCGAACAAGAUGUGCUCUUGACCCGGAUAAAGACGACGGGAAUUGUCGAAGUGGAAUUCGUCAUCAAGAAAGUUCACUUCAGAAUAUUCGACGUCGGCGGUCAACGAUCGGAGCGCAAGAAAUGGAUUCACUGUUUCGAGGACGUAAACGCAAUCAUUUUCAUCGCCGCCGUUUCCGAGUACGAUGAAGUGCUUUUCGAGGAUGCGACAACGAAUCGAAUGGUCGAAUCGAUGCGAUUGUUCGAAUCAAUUUUCCAC